UUGAAACGUUUAGCACUUUGACAAACGCUGUUUCCCCAGUAAUCUAGUGCAAAGGAAAAGCCCGAAAAAUACAAAAGCUUGAGCAUGGAGGGACAGAUCCUUGGCGACGGCUCCAAGAUGGGAUUCGUGGCCCGUUUGGACCGCCUUCUCCGCCGCUGGCUACCGGGAUACAGUUUCAUUCGCAACAAGCGCCGUUCGCCAUCGGAAACCUCGAUGGCCGGGGGAUCCUCCUUUGGUAGCCACAACAUUCAGGUGGGACGUGGACGCAGGGGCAUGAGGAAUGACAAACAGGAAGUCUAUCUGGACACGGGCAUCGCCAAGUCGGAGUUCUGCGUUCAACUGGAGACCCUUUUGCGCAACAAACUAAUAAAGAAGCAGCAGGAAUUGGCCUUGGAACAGCAGGAGUGGGUCCGCGACAAGGAGGGGGAGCUCAGCGAUCCCCUCCAGCAAUGAAUGGCGUUCUUCAGUUUAUUGUUUAUUUAUAUAUUUUUCAUA